AUGGACGCACCAUGGGAAGAGGCACUAGACUUAAACGACUCGUCAGACUCAGACUCAAACCUCCUUCCUCUCCGCCCUCUCAAACGCCACCACAAUUCUACCACCACCACCAUUGGUGGGAGUGGUGGAGCUAACCACUCUCUCUCCCAGCCAUUUCUCCGCCGCUGCUCUCAAAACACCCAAAACAACCCACCACCGCCACCAAUCACUUACUCCAAAAUACCGGGCCCUGCUGGUGCAGUACAAGCCGCCAUGCACCGCCGCAAGAAUCAAAUUAAUGAGAAUUUGAUGGAAGAAGAAGAACCAAUGCCUACUCAAGAAUACAUUAAAAGGGCUGUGGAGGAUAGUGGUUGUGCUGAAGAUGAUGAUUUUACACGUUAUCCUUGGCUCUCUGCCAUUGAUUUUGUUCGUCGUCAAGGUUUGCUGGUAGAUGGUGACGGAGCAAUUGGGAUUCCUUUGAGCGUGAUAAAGAGAUGGGCUAGUUUUGAUAAAGUGGCUCAGGUUGUUGCCAUUGUAAAAUCAUGUAGACCAAACGGCCUUGGUGAUAUGAUGGUGACUCUAAAGGAUCCCACGGGUACAAUUGAUGCUAGCAUUCAUCACAAAGUCCUUGCUGAGGGAGAUUUUGGAAAGGACAUAGCUAUUGGAGCUGUGAUAAUAGUCCAAAAGGUUGCAGUUUUUUGUCCUACACGUUUAGCACGUUAUCUCAACAUAACACUUAGCAACGUGAUCAAGGUCAUCUCCAAGGACGGCAGAUCUUCACUGGAACAAAAUUGUUCUACUUCAGCAGUCAAACAUGCUGCUGUAGGUUCUGAAAUGCCUAAUGCAACUGCUUAUGAUCCCUUAGAUAUCACAGGACAGAGUGAAAAAUCACAGAUGACACAGAAUCUAUUCUCGUUGUCACAAGGAAGAGCCGAAGGAAUCAUGGAUAGUCUGAGACAACGUGCUAUGGCAGGUGCACGGAUUGAUGAACAGAGGGAAGAAGGUGAAUUGAUAAGAAGCAGCUGCCCUAGCAUUGGAAGCAACAGAAACCAAAAUGCUCUUUCAAGGGAGGAUCAUUUUUUGGUGAGACAGGAUUUGGAUUGUCGCAGAAAAGAAAGUGCUGUUGAAACAGUCACUGGUAACAAGGACAAGGAAGUUGUGACAAGUGAGCAGCUAAACAAUUACAAUAAGGCAGGCGGAGGCCAUACAUUGGAAGGUGCUGAAUAUGGUGCUGCUCCAGCAGACUCGGUCGGUGACCUUAACAACCAAGAAAAGAGGAAUGAUGAUGGAAUUAAAGAUAGACUGCCACCAACUUCAAGAGCUUCACUGCCACAUUGGACGGAUGAGCAGCUGGAGGAACUCUUUGCAUUUGAUUGA